AUGCACUCAACCCAGGAGGCAAGUAUCUCGGCACAGAGUAACCAUGUCGUAGGAGCGGUCUUGAACGCAACUUUCGGCUCCAUCGUUGAGAUUAUCCUCUAUAUCUCUUCUCUUCUCAAACAACGUGGGAACGUCCAGGAAGAUAUCUGCUACUCUGAGAUUGUAAAGUCUGCCUUGACGGGGACCCUGCUUGCGACUAUGCUCUUCAUACCGGGGAUCUGUAUGAUGGUUGGAGGACUGAAGCACAAAGAACAACGUUUCAACGUCAGGUCCAUGUCUGUUAGUGCAACGCUUCUCUUCAUAUCUGUCGUGGGGGUGUUCACACCAACAAUCUUUACCAUCACAUUGGGAGGCUUUGAGUGCAAUAAAUGUUAUAACUCGACGAACGAGACGUCACUGAAGUGCUCUGGCUGUACCUACGUCUACAAACUAACUGAUGACUCCCACUUCCUGAACCAUAAGUUACGUCCGUUAGUCUAUGUCUGUGUUAUCUUGCUCUUCUUGGCCUAUGUGAUCGGUCUCAUAUUCUCUCUCAAGACUCACGCACAUAUUAUUCAGGGGAGCAGUUCACAUUCAGGGACAGCUCAAGCGAACCCACACAGUAAACCUGAUGUUCACUGGGGUAGGAUUAAGAGUACAGUGAUCCUACUCAUAGCUGUUGCAUUGAUGUCCCUGAGUGCAGAGGUUGUGGUCCAGAAUUUGCAGCCCAUUUUGUCCAGUUCAACUGUCAUAAAACCUGUAUUCAUUGGAGUAACUUUAUUAGCUGUUGUUCCAGACUUACCUGAAAUAAUUAAUGGUAUCCAGUUUGCCCUGAAGAACAAUAUUAACCUGAGUUUGGAGAUAGGAUGUUCUGUAGCUGUUCAAGUCUGUCUUCUUCAGAUCCCUGUAUUAGUUCUAGUAGAUGCCAUAGUGAAUCUUGGAUUUAACCUUGUCUUCAAUGACCUUCAUCUUUGGUCUGUUAUCAUCAGUGUUAUCAUCAUUAAUUACAUCUUUGUGGAUGGGAAGUCAGAUUACUUCCAAGGUUGUAUGCUGUGUAUCAUCUAUUUCUUCCUUCUUGCUAUGUUCUUUUUUGCCGGUGAUUCAGCCAAGACGGACUGCAGCAUACUCGGAUAGUACAUGCUUGGAUAGAACAAACUUCUAUGGUACAGUAUACAAAUAGCGAAUAGGCAUGAGUGCGAUGGUGCGAGAUUUCGCAUGAGGUGAAAGAAAGAUGCUCUAUUCAACGAGGCGUUAGCCGAGUUGAAUAGAGCGUCUCUUCCUUUCACCGAAUGCGAAAUCUCGCACCAUUGCACGAAUAAGAAUAUUCGCUAUUUGUGUUGUACAACGCCUCGGAAUUUAGCGAAAAUAUGAAAAAACAAAGAGUUUAUCCCUAUAGUAAUCUAUGAAAAGGGAGCAAAAAUACCGAAAGCAGAAAGCAAAAUCCCACAAGCGCACAUUACCUUGGGCAGCCUUGCGCAUUUAGCCAGCUGGCUUAUACGCGUAUUGUUAAUUUUUACCGAGCGCAAUGAAUUAAAUCGUAUUGUGACGUCACCUCCUAAAGCCGUGCAACUGUACAUUUUGGAUGGUACGUCUUUUGUGCAACGGUACGAAUGUUUGACAUUCAGCCUCCCAUUUGCUCGCGUACAACAAGCUAAGUAGGCGUUGUACAAUAUAUACUUAGACAGUAUAUACUGUGAUUAUAUACUUUGAGAAUACACUGGCAUAGUACAUACUUGGAUAGUACAUGUAUAUACUGGGAUAGUACAAACUUGUAUAGUAUUAUAUACUUAGAAAGAACUUGAUUAGUAUAUACUGUACAUACUGAGUUUGUUUAGUAUAUACAUACCGGGAAAGUAUAUAUUUGGAUAGUAUACACUGGGACAUUAUAUACUGGAUCAUAUCCUAUAUUGAUUUGAUUGAUGUGGAUAUUCAAAAUAACCAGAGAGAAAUUUAUUAUGGCAUGACAUCAUUAUUCAUGUAAUAAUACACUGUUCCAUCAUUGACAUUUGAGAUGAUGCAAUCUCUCAGACACGCUGAAUAGCCGGCUGACAUUCUUUUGAUGUGAUGGUGUCGAAGAAGAAGGUCAGUCGAUCAAAUAGUUCAGCAAACGCUGCGCUAGAUAUAAAUCUUUUAAUACUGUAUAGAAAGUCCCUUUGUAAACACAUUCUGCUAUGAUCUCUUUUAAUCACUAAUGCUGAAUAUGAACCCUAACCAUGUUUGUUUGUACAGUAUGCAGACAUGCCAACUGUUCCCUUUUUAGAGUAUUUGUAGACUCAACUGACAAAUUCAAAUCUAUGUUAAAAACUCAUCUUUUCGUUAAAUAGAUCGUCCUUAGCAUAUGCGGCUUCAACUGUCUACUUUCAACUGUUAACAUGUAUAAUUUGAUUUUAGCUGAAAUUUCUUGUCUUCCUAUGUAUUUUCCUUAAGCGCUUAGAGACAUUCUUUGUGAUAAGCGCUAUAUAAAUGAUGUUAAUUAUUAUUAUUAUUAUUAUAGUAUACACUGGGACAUUAUAUACUGGAUCAUAUCCUAUAUUGAUUUGAUUGAUGUGGAUAUUCAAAAUAAUCAUUGAGAAAUUUAUUAUGGCAUGACAUCAUUAUUCAUGUAAUAAUACACUGUUCCAUCAUUGACAUUUGAGAUGAUGCAAUCUCUCAGACACGCUGAAUAGCCGGCUGACAUUCUUUUGAUGUGAUGGUGUCGAAGAAGAAGGUCAGUCGAUCAAAUAGUUCAGCAAACGCUGCGCUAGAUAUAAAUCUUUUAAUACUGUAUAGAAAGUCCCCUUGUAAACACAUUCUGCUAUGAUCUCUUUUAAUCACUAAUGCUGAGUAUCAUCCCUAACCCUGUUUGAUUGUACAGUAUGCAGACAUGCCAACUGUUCCCUUUUUAGAGUAUUUGUAGACUCAACUGACAAAUUCAAAU